GAUCGAGUAUGCCUUCUAGAGCCCUAUCCAACGGACACAACAACCCUUCUCCCCUCCUGGGAGCACAAAAUCUACACCCUACACCCCCAAUAAACACUCCUCUCCUCCACAUCCGCCCUCCUGGGCACCUGCAACAACCCCCGAGCUCCACGCCUCUCUCCAGAGCGAACACCAUCUCCACGAGCACCCUACCCCUAAGGCUCAAAGCCCCCUGCCUCACAACUUCCGGCGCCGGUGCUGGCUCCCUCUCUGACACAGGACUCAGACGCUCCAGGCUGUACGCCAGCCCCUUGCACACCGGCACCCAGUGCGGACCCCCGAUGAUGCGAUAGCGCGCUCCAGGCGCGCCAAGGCAGAGCACCACAUCCCGGACACUGAACUCGGCGAGCCGCUAUACAU